AAACCGGCCGUUUGGCGCGUGCACGAGGACGAGCGUGGUCGGCUGUUAUGCGCGUGCCCGAGCCCGCGGCCCGGCGUCCGCCCGCCCGCCCUCGGCCCCUGGGCUGUGUUCAUUCACUCGCUCCCACUCACAGCUCGUCUCCUCUUUCCGCAGCAUGGCCGACUACCUGAUCAGCGGCUGCACCGGCUACGUGCCUGAGGACGGCCUCACCGCGCAGAUCCUCUUCGCCUCCGCCGACGGUCUCACCUACAAUGACUUCCUGAUUCUUCCCGGUUUCAUUGACUUCGCUGCUGAUGAAGUGGACCUGACCUCGGCUCUCACUAAGAAAAUUACCCUGAAGACUCCCCUUGUCUCCUCUCCCAUGGAUACUGUGACGGAAUCCAGCAUGGCAAUUGCUAUGGGGUUAAUGGGCGGAAUUGGAUUCAUCCAUCACAACUGCACUCCAGAAUUUCAAGCUAAUGAAGUCCGCAAGGUUAAGAAGUUUGAGCAGGGCUUCAUCACUGACCCUGUUGUCAUGAGCCUCCACCACACAGUCGGGGAUGUUUUUGAAGCCAAAUCACGGCACGGCUUCUCUGGAAUUCCAAUCACAGAAACAGGCAAAAUGGGAAGCAAGCUAAUGGGAAUUGUCACCUCGCGAGAUAUUGACUUUCUUUCAGAGAAGGAUUAUGACACAGCUUUGAAUGAGGUGAUGACAAAGCGGGAAGACCUGGUUGUUGCUCCAGCUGGUGUAACUCUCAAGGAGGCUAAUGACAUUCUACAACGUAGCAAGAAAGGGAAGUUGCCAAUUGUUAAUGACAUGGAUGAGCUGAUCUCAAUCAUUGCACGGACAGACUUGAAGAAGAACCGAGAUUAUCCAUUGGCGUCGAAAGACUCGAGGAAGCAGCUGCUCUGCGGCGCAGCAAUCGGAACACGGGAAGAUGACAAAUAUCGACUGGACCUGUUGAUGCAGGCAGGGGUGGAUGUUGUUGUGUUGGAUUCCUCACAAGGAAACUCAGUUUUCCAGAUAAACAUGAUUCGAUACAUUAAACAGAAAUAUCCAGAGUUGCAAGUGGUUGGUGGGAAUGUGGUAACUGCAGCACAAGCCAAAAACCUGAUUGACGCAGGUGUGGACGCUCUACGGGUGGGCAUGGGGUGUGGUUCAAUCUGCAUCACUCAGGAAGUUAUGGCUUGUGGAAGACCUCAGGGUACUGCAGUGUACAAAGUGGCUGAAUAUGCUCGUCGGUUUGGUGUCCCAGUCAUUGCAGAUGGUGGAAUCCAGACAGUCGGGCAUGUGGUGAAGGCUCUGGCCUUAGGAGCUUCAACAGUGAUGAUGGGUUCAUUGCUGGCAGCUACCACGGAGGCCCCAGGCGAGUAUUUUUUCUCUGAUGGAGUGAGGUUGAAGAAAUAUCGUGGCAUGGGGUCACUGGACGCAAUGGAGAAAAGCACAAACAGUCAGAAACGAUACUUCAGUGAAGGUGAUAAGGUGAAGGUGGCCCAAGGAGUUUCGGGAUCAAUUCAGGACAAAGGAUCAAUCCACAAGUUUGCACCGUACUUGAUUGCAGGAAUACAACAUGGAUGCCAGGAUAUUGGAGCCAAGAGCCUCUCUAUCCUUCGGUCAAUGAUGUACUCAGGGGAGCUGAAAUUUGAGAAGAGAACCAUCUCCGCUCAGGUAGAAGGAGGUGUACAUGGCCUGCAUUCUUACGAGAAGCGGCUUUACUGAAGAAGGGAGUGUUACUCACCAGACCAUGGCUCCCAACGUUCCAUCCCUAUUGGCCGUCAAACAGCAAAGGCACCCUUGAACAUCUUCCUCUACCUGUUGAACUGAAGCAGCUGCCCUGUUUUGCGCCUUCUGGCUUGUGACGCACACUUUUUUUUACUUUUGUGUUUGGACUUUUGUAACUUAAGCUGUGAAGAAUAUAGUCAGAGAGGAAAAGAGCAACACAACAGCUGCCUCACCAACAAGACUAAGUUACUGGCGUGAUGGGCUCCUAUGUGCUUGUUAUUUAUCCAUGGUCUGGAUACAAUUCUGGCACCUAGCUUUUACAGCAAGAUUUCACUUCCAUCUUUUCACUCAACAAUCGGACUAUAAUUUUGUUUUUGUCGUCAAAAUUGUUAAUUUCUGCUUUAAUUUAAAAAGAAUAAUUUUGAUGGGGAAAAACAAAAUUUGUGUUCCGUCCAAAUGACCAGUGUUGUCAAGAGGUGGAUACAGAGAGUGUGGUUAAUAUUUUGACCUUGUCAGAAACACCAAUGCUGCAUGAACUUAGCUAGUCAAGCAGCACAUGAUGGCAGAGUUCUACCAGAACAUCUGAUUUUGUUUCAAGCAUCUGCAGUUUUGUGUUUUACACUCUUUGUCAUUUAAUACUCAAUGGUUAAUGCAUUACUGCAACUGCUAGAAAUUAUUUAUGUUUAACCACCUCCCUGCUGCACAGCAGAACAUGACAUGGGUGGUGGGAUAGGAGAGGAUUGUGGGCCUUGGGUGGGAGUUGGAAACUAUUUCUGCUUUCUGGACACUUGGUGAGCUUCCAAAGUAGGAUUCCAUUAAGUAUUUGAGGUCGCAUCACACAGACCAAGUGCAGAAAAGGGGAGUUGUGAUCGGUCUCUACUCCUCACAAAGCAUGCCAUCGUUCGGCUCGGCUACACUUGUGUGGCUAUUUCCUAUGAUGACCCCGGACUGGACCUCAUGGGGCAUGUCCCAGCUUUGUUUACUUGAACUGUAGGAAAAUCCAUCAGAAUAAAUGAACGCGUUGUGACUUGCCUUCUUUUGCUCAUUCAACUUCUCUCUUCCCCAUCCUUUAUUCACCAACUAGCAAUCUUCCACUCAGUUACAAAUGCUCAGACCAAAAGUCAGGAUGCUUCAGUGUAUUAUCCACAAGUCUGGGUACGGCAAUCUAGGCUGAGGCUAGGAGGAAGAACUCCAUUCAUGAUGCUUACUGUUGGACAAAGCUUCAUAAAAAAUAUUUUGCAAAUCAAUGCCUGUAUAAAACAAAAUCUGAGGUGGAGCAAAAUGGAAUAAAUGCUUUUGGUUUUGAGACAUU